AUGCCCCCCUCUACCGUUUUCUCCUACUGGCGACGGGACCAUCGCCGGUCGAGUGCGUCGCCGGUGCCGCAGCAGCAACACCAGCAACAGCCCACUUCUUCCUCCCCCUCCUCGAAGUACAAUGAGAAUCCUCCCCAGCUCCCGGUUAUACCGAAUACGCUGGAUUUAUCUAUGGGCCUUGGCGAAUCUGACGGUUCCGGGUCGCAUACGGCCCAACGGGCUUCGGAGGAGAAUAACCAUUGGGAACAAAGUCAGACACAGGCGGACAGGUUGAAUGUGGUCGCUCCGUCGGGUAGCUCCAGGGCGCCAUCGUCGUCAGCGACCAAUCUCACCGUGCCAUCGUCGUCGCUCGAGAAACAGACCCGUCCUCAUUCGAGCCCCGAAGAGCGGGAGAGAGCGGCGUCGGUGCUGACUGCGCACUCGAGCAACUCGCAGCUAUCGUGUCCAGGCCCGCGUGCGGAAUUCGGUGAAAGCGAUUCGUCCUCGUCGAAGCAGAAUUCGCCGUUUCGGCUCUCGUUUGGGAAGGGUAAUACGUCGUCGAGCGAUGGGCAGAAACAACCGCCUACUUCAGCACCGGGGACGGCUGUGUCGGGUUCGUCGCGGUCCAAUGUUCAGAUUAAGACUUCGCCAGAUGUUUCUCCUGCGGAGAAGACAACGCUUUCGCGCAAAGAGAGCAAGCUGGAAAGGUCGAAUAGCCGCCGACAUGCAGAUCGGGAUGGAUCGUCGGAGCACCAUCAUAAGUCGGGGAAGGCGAUGCUUCAUCUUCUGAAUCCUAUGUCGCUUCUGGCACGGAGACGGUCUUCGCGAAUGGCCAGUUCCAAGGCUGACGAUGUGAAAAUUGGCGUUCCGAAUCUCGUUCCUGCAAUUCCAGAUGACUACGACCCCCGAAUCCGUGGGAAUAUUGUGCAUGAUUUUUCUGCACCACGGCCGCGUCGGAAUAUAUCUACAGCGCCGGUCCUUGCGCAGGAUGCGGUGGGUGUAAAUGAUUCGCCUCAGAAUGGACAUGCUCCAGAACCGUCGAACCGGACGAGCGAGCAGAAGACCAAACACAACGAGCAUCCUCCUGCAUUCACGGAGCAUUUUGAGGAUGAACAAAAUGCGUUGCAGGUUGAAAACAAAGGAUAUCUACAGUCGCCCUUGUUGAUGAACCCAAUGCACCAGGACAAUGAACAUUCACUCCCUGUGUUUGCAAGGAAUUUGCCAUCAAAAAUUCCUGAACACAAGGAGGAGCAGCCAGUUGAACAACAACAGAAAGAGCAACAGCCUCAGCAGCCACCACAACAACCUCAUGAGGAAGCUGUGCUAGAUCCCGAGCCUGCACCCGAUUCUGUCAAGAAGGGCGAACUUCCACCUGUUCACGAAGAAGAGGAUACUGUGGUCGAAAUGCCACAGCAGCCGUCUGGCCUACCACGACAUUUGAAGAGCAACGCAUCUAGAUUCAGUUUUGACAUGACUGGCAUGGAAUCUUCGGUCCAGGAAAAGCUUUUGGAAGAGAAACACAAGGAGAAGGAAGCAGAGCGCAGGGCCAAAUAUGGAUCUGAUGAUGAGGAAUACAGUGAUGAUGAUUUCGAUGAAGAUCUUCUGGAUGACAUGGAUGGCCUCGAAGAGAAGAUCCCUGGUGUUAAUACGGAUGCCGAUGAAGAUGAACUUGUUUCUGGAUCUGGAACUAUGAUGAUGAACAAGUCGUGGCUCUCUCCUGGGCUGUCUCCGAUUAUUGGCAGCCCUGCUAGUCCUGUUGCUCCUAAUCCGGCUACUUUCCCCAUGCAAGGAGCUCCGGUUCCUGCUGAGUUGCUGCAGAAUCCUUCUCACUCCCACUCUCCUUCUCUUUAUGAAAACACUACUCCAGGGAACAAUGAUAUAAACCAACGACAGCAGCAAAUGAAUGCAAGAUCUUCAACCGGGCCAGGCCCAGUGCCUCUUGGAGCGAACCCUGGAACAUCACAAGUGUUGGAGGACGAUGACGAUCUAUACUUUGAUGAUGGAGAGUUUGGUGAUCUCGAUGCGGAUGUUGGUGAUGCGGGUGAGAAGUUCGACGAAUCGAUCUUCGAUGACGAGACGAGUCACCUAUAUGACCGCAAGAAAAAAGCGGCCCCUGACACCAGCGGAGAACAGCAAGUAGCUCGCCUCGAGGAAUCGUCUGAAGAAGAAGGUCUUGGAAACCUAGCAUGUCGCACAGGGGCAUUGGGACAUGCACCUAGUAUGGCUAGCAAUUAUCGAGCAGGGCUCCAGACUUCUGGUUCUCUUUCUGAACGAGCACGGGAUGCCGGGUCUGCCAAGGUCCAUGGCGGAGUACUCUCCGAGCACAACCUUGAGGCAUUGCACAAUGCCCUGACCAAAGCAGCGACUGGUAAUGACCGGUUUGAACGAACAGACAGCAUGAGUGAUCGAUCUGUGGACCAGGAGAGCGCAGCUCAGACAGCACAAACAGCAGAGUCUCACCCGGGACUGAUAUCAGACAACAGUCGCUUGAGCCAGGCAAUCGAGCCAUUCGGCUCGGAAGAAGUUCUUGAAGACUUUGACUACGACGACUGUGACGCACUUUAUGAUGAUCCCAUUAUUGCGGCAGCCAAUGCAGAAGCAUUGGAGAACGAUGACGAUGGGUUCUACGGUCAAGAAUUUGGAUUCUACGCCCACGCCCACGGGAACGGUGAGUCGGAGCUCACUAACGGUGGAUACUUUGGUCCUCGCGGGGUGGAAGGUAUCUCCCGCAGCUUCAGCAGCCGGGGUAAAUUCCGGGAACCCAGUUUGACCCCCAUCACUGAGCGAAGUGAACGAAGUACGCGCAACUCGGUUAUCUCGUUGACAGCGGCACAUGCCCCGGGCCAUUCGAACGCAUCCAUGUCGAGUCCCGGCUUGGCACAGUUAGUCGAUCUGGGCAAUUUAGAUGACGAGAUGUCACUCAGCGCGCUGAUGAGGCUCCGCCGGGGAGCCUGGGGUGGAAGCAAUGGCAGUCUCCGCAGCAGCAGUGCCAGUCCACCCCCGCUUGCUCAUCAGCCGCAUUCCUCGUCGAACCGGGGUAGUUUCACGGCGCUUUCCGAUGCAAGCCCGACUAUCCCGACGAUCCCAGCCGAUGUCAUCUGGCCCGGAAGCGGCAGUGCGACUGGAUCUCCAGUUCAGGAACUCGAACGGAAUGGAUCAUCGACGGCCAGCCCGGUGUAA